AUGGGCUACCACAACCGCUCGGAGCUCCAAGACCUGGGCUGCUCCAGCCAGCUGCUCCUACAGCCCCUCUGGGACACGCUGAGGACCGGGGAGGCAUUUGCGCGCUCACCCUUUUUCCCGGUCAUCUUUUCCAUCAUCACUUACGUGGGCUUCUGCCUGCCAUUCGUGGUACUGGAUGUCCUAUGUCCCUGGGUGCCCAUGCUACGACGCUACAAGAUCCACCCGGACUUCUCGCCGUCCGCGAAGCAGCUGCUGCCCUGCCUGGGGCAGACGCUCUACCAGCACCUCGUGUUCGUGUUCCCGGUGACGCUGCUACACUGGGCUCGCAGCCCGGCGCUCCUGCCGCCAGAGGCCCCGGAGUUCUUGCAGCUCCUGAGCCACGUCCUGAUCUGCCUGCUGCUCUUCGACACUGAGAUCUUCGCGUGGCACCUCCUGCAUCAUAAGGUGCCCUGGCUGUACCGCGCCUUCCACAAGGUGCAUCACCAGAACGCAUCUUCCUUCGCGCUGGCCACGCAAUACAUGAGCGUCUGGGAGCUGUUGUCGCUGACCUUCUUCGACGUGCUGAAUGUGGCGCUGCUGCAGUGUCACCCACUCACCAUCCUUACCUUUCACGUGGUUAACAUCUGGCUGUCGGUGGAGGACCACUCAGGCUACGACUUCCCGUGGUCCACUCACAGACUCGUGCCCUUUGGCUGGUAUGGGGGUGUGGCUCAUCACGACCUGCAUCACUCUCAGUUUAACUGCAACUUUGCUCCGUACUUCACACACUGGGACAAAAUGCUGGGCACCCUGCGUUCCUCAGGCUCCCCAGAGCUGUGCACUUUACAUUUGACCCAGGAAAAGAAACAGACUUGAGUUAUUUUUCUCAGAAGCAAGUAACUUAUUAGUCGACGAACAUGAUACAAUCUGAUGUGUUUCUGCAACCCGACGAAGUAAUUUAUAUAAUGUCUGUGUGUCAGUUUAAGUGUAGUCUUGGUAUCAAAAUCCAGCUCACUCCAAUGUCAUUAACUUCGGGACAUCAGCUAGACACUCAGCAUGGGAUAUUUGAAUCAUUAUGAUCUCUAGAAUGAUUUGCCUGUAGAGCCAAGACUUUCCUAGGU